UGGCCCUUGCCGAAAUCGAAACGAGUUACGAGCCGAAGACUCUAGCGUCUAGCGCCCAGAGUCGGGCGCUCCUGACUUCUGUGCAUGUCCACCUUCCACCUUCCCCACUUCUACCGUUCGUCGAUAUGUCUUCCACUCUGAUCGUCAAGGUAUCUGAAGGCAUUGCCACCAUCACGCUCAACCGGCCGAAGACGCUGAACGCGGUUACAGCUGAAGGCUAUGACGCCUUCGCGAACGCGUUGAGGGAGAUAGACACCAGAGAUGAUGUCCUAGUGACCGUGUGGCAAGGAACGGGGCAUUGGUUCUGCGCGGGAACAGAUGUCAGAGGCUCGAAUCUGAACGACGCAGAUACGAUUGGAAAUGUUCGGAAUGCGUUGAGGAAGGGCGUUGUGAGUACGACGAUGGAUUGCGGGAAGGCGGUCUAUUCACACAGCAAAAUUCUUGUCGCCGCACUCAACGGACCAGUUCUUGGUAUUACCGCAGGCUUCCUUGGCUACUUCGACUUCAUCUACGCUCUUCCCACUGUCUGGCUUGCGGUCCCAUUUACUUUCCUAGGUAUUGUCGCUGAGGGAGGCGCAAGCGUCAGCUUUGUGAAUCGAAGGGGUGUUGGUGUGGCGAACGAGGUCCUCAUCUGGGGAAAGAAGAAAACAGCCGAUGAGCUGCUCGAGUGUGGUUUCAUCAAGAAACUUUUCUCUUCUCCCGACACACCUUCCUUCCACGCGGAUGUAUAUUAUCACCUCUCGAAGAACUGUCGGGUCUGGACCCCAAGGCCAUCCUGGUAAU